GGUUUUGAAAUGGUGGAAGAAAAGGCGGGAGUGCACUCCUUGUACACGGCCGAUCGGCGGUCCAUGAUGAACAUGAGUUAUCGAUGUGUCAGUUUUGUGGCCCGGAAAAAAGUUCGGCUGCCGGAACCAGGACAACGAUCGUCGGCAGCAUCGCAUGGUAGUGGAGGAAACUCGUCAUUAUCGAGUUCUGCCAAGAGCUAA